GUCAGAUAAAAUAACAAUGGCACUUUUUUAUUAGUUGCUACACAUCAAGAGAGUGAAACACUUUUUUUUCGGAAUCCAAAAACGUUGUUCCUGCCAUUUGAGUGACCGACAGCUUGGUUUUUAUUUUAUUUUUCCUUUCUGUUUUUUUUUUCACUUCUUUUCUUUUCGCACAUUAGCAAUGGAAUAUAGACAAAUCAAGUCAGAAUCUUCAGCUGAGCCUUUUGAAUUUGUUCAAGUAAGUUCAAUUCCUAGAUAAACUUUUCUUUGGCGCGUUUUUGACAACCUUUUCUUACAGCUACACUUUGAAAACAGCGACAUUCCCGAUACCAAGUUUUCUGACGUAAAUGAACUAAACGAGAGUGGUAGUAGUAGUAUUAGUAGCUAUCAACCGAUGAGUGAGGAUGAAAUCCCCUGUCUGAAGAGGCGAUUGUCAGACGCCACACUAGCCGCAUCCGAUAUCAGAUAUGAUUUAUCAGUGGAACAGCUGGAAGUACAUCAUCAAAACGGAAAAACGAGGAGAUACAAAUUAGUCUUUGAUGAUGAAGACGAGGACACAGAAAUAGAGGGAGAAAAUGUAGGCGAUGUCACUAUAGCAGAAGAUGAUGCCAUAGAAGAAGAUGAUGCAAUAGAGGAAGAUGAUACCAUAGAUGAAUAUACUGUCACAGAAGAAGAUGAUGGCACAGAAGACUAUAUUGCCACAGAAGAAGAGUAUGAAACAGCGGGAGAUGAUUUUACAGAAGAGGAAGAGAAUGAAUCAGAAUGUAAAGUAGAGAUCAAAAAAGAAGACAAUACCCCAUUACAAUCAAUCUGCAACUCGCCAUUAAUAAGAACAGAAGAAACAAAAACUAUAAAAAGGCCGAAAGCUACGAAAAUACCGAAGCAUGGUCACCAAAUACCCGCAGAGGAUUUGCAAGUAUUGGAUACUGUGUUAGGUGAGGGACAAAUGGGGAUGGUACAUCUAGCAAAAUAUAAGAACUUGUUGGUCGCUUGCAAGAGUAAACGUGUAAGAACCAAACCUGAUACGUUUUACCUUCAAAUCGAAAGUGAAUUAAAGUUUGCAGCUAAACUGUCCGUGUGUCGCAAUAUCAAUCGAUAUAUUGGAUGGACUUAUUGCAAGCGAAAUCGAGUGGAGACUGAUAUCAAGGGUAAUACCAAAAAGCUUUAUGUAUUACAAAGGUAUGUCGCCAAUGGAGAUGCUAGAAGUUAUUUAGACAGACGAGAAGCCGCCUUUCAACCUUCAGAAGCCCUACAAGCAUCCGUUGGUUUGUUCUCUGCAUUGACCGAUGCUCAUGAGUUAGGUAUUGGAAUCGUGGAUCUUAAGCUGGAAAAUUUCUUGAUUGAUUCUUCCGGAGCGGGAUGGUUGACAGAUUUUGGGUAACAAUUUAUCAAUCUUGUAUCACAAAAAUCAAGGAUUAAUCUCUUUAUCUAGUUCAUGUAUAGAGUUUAAUAAUAGGGACAUUGUUGAUCUUGAAGAAGAAGAGGUAGCCUGGACAGUAAACGUUUCUUCUCCCGAAAUGAUCAA